GAGUUUAGAUAUCUUAUUUUUAUUGCACAAAAAAGUUUACAAAAGUAAUUAUUACAAAAUUAUCUAUCUAGGUUAGGGAAGAGUUAGUUACAUCAGUUGUUCGGUGGUUACAUAUUACAUGCUUUUGGGAAAGAAGGAGAAUGGAGGAUGGACUAUCUUUGUAUCUUUUAACUUAACCUUACAUUUAUACAUAAACAGUAACAUGAAUAUUGCUGUUGCUUGUAACCAAAUGAAUUAUUAAUUAUCAGUUCAUUAAAAUGCCACAAAAAAUUCAGAUACGUCUCGCUACUCACAGGGUAAAUCCAUCAGUUGCUCCAAAUAAAAGAUAUCCAAAGAUAUUUACUCCAGGAGAAGUUAUAACUACCCAAGAUGAAUUUAUGAGAGGUCAUGGAACAUAUGAAGAGAAUGGAGGACUAAAAGCUUCAGUAGCAGGUGUAAGAGAACAAGUUAAUAAUCUUAUAUCAGUAAGACCUCUCAAAAGUAGGUAUAAUGGAGAAAUAGGUGAUGUUGUAGUAGGAAGGAUUACAGAGGUUCAGCAAAAAAGGUGGAAAGUAGAUACCAAUUCAAGACUGGACUCAGCUCUGCUAUUAUCUUCAGUAAAUUUGCCAGGUGGUGAAUUGAGGAGAAGAUCAGUGGAGGAUGAACACAUGAUGAGGCAGUUUUUACAAGAAGGUGAUCUUAUAAGUGCAGAAGUACAAAAUGUAUUUUCAGAUGGAGCUUUAUCUUUACAUACAAGAAGUUUGAAAUAUGGAAAGCUUGGACAAGGUGUUUUGCUAAAGGUAUUUCCAUCUUUGAUCAAGAGAAGCAAAACACAUUUUCACACUCUACCCAUAGGAGCAAGCAUUAUAUUGGGAAACAAUGGGUUUAUCUGGAUAUCUCCAAUUAUUGUCAAUUCUGAAGAUAGCGUCGGAGGCUUCAUACAAAAUUUGGAAGAGGUAAUUCCAAGGCAAGAGAGAGAAAUAAUAGGACGGUUAAGAAACUGUAUCUUGGCGUUAACACAAAGCAAAAUGAUGUUGUAUGAUACCAGCAUUUUAUAUGCUUACGAAGAAUCCUUGAAAUAUACUGUACCUGAACUACUGAUACCAGAAGCGAUGGUAGAUGUGGCUUUUUUAACACAACAUAGAUUGUGUAUGCUGGAAAUUGAAUAGUGAAGCUUUGAUGUUUAUGAAUACAACCUACAGACUGAAAAUGUUUAUUACUAUAUUUUUUUUUUAUUUUUCACUAUGUAC